GGAGUCGUGUUGAGCAAAACUUCACUGUUCGGUCUGUUUUGUUUGUUUUUGGAAAGCCUGAAUGUUAAGAGGUUUCUGUCAGGAUUCCUUCUGAUCUCACUUUUGGAGCUAUCAUUCUUCUUGUUGCCUGGAGGAGGCCGGGUUUAUGUUCUUCUGUAGAAGAGGCGACAAGCAGGAGAUGCAAAAUGUCUUCAUCUGGACUGUCAUGUUUUGUUUGGGCUCUAUCCUUUAUCGUAUUCACCGCUCAUGGCAGGCCGGCAGGGCUCCAUCUGCGUAACAUGGACAGCUUCAUCAAAGCUGUUCAGCAGGUCGAAGACUCAAACCCCGAUUUGCCCCCUCUGGCUCUGGUCAGGGCCCUGCGGAGGACAGCAGGAAACGACGACAUGAUGACCGUCCAUUUUUUGGGUUCCUCCUAUAAUCUGAGCGAUGCUGAGGUGCUAGAGACAGCCAUUCUCAACGCCUCGUCCUUUAGCUUCUUCGACAAGGCCAUCCACCACAUUGUGACAGACCAAGGAGAGGAACGAGGGGUGGUGCUCGCUAAAGACGGCACCACAGUAGCCCUCGCACCUUUACUUCUAGGGAUCGAAUCAGGAUUAAAAGUCAAGAUGGAAGGGGCACCACCUGUCGGGAUCUUCCCUCUCACUUUAGGCCGGACGCUGGGUCUGUCCUUCUUCAGCCUCCAGGACUUC